UCUGUACCCACACCAUUCUCAGGGUGGUUGAGCUAUCUUUCCUCCCUGGGAACUACCCAAACAUUAAUUCCACGACUCUCAAUCAUCCCAAAAGCUUUCUUCCAAGUUGCAUAAUAUAUAGACUCCACGCCUUGUGCUCUCGCUUCUCCAUUCUCAUAUUCCUCUCUCUUUCUCUUUCUCUUUCUCUUUCUAUCUCUAAACCCAACCAACUAUUUCCAGACGUGUAGGCCUUUGAUUUCUCUCUCACCAUUUGUUGGGUAUGUAUAGUUGAGCUUCCUGUACGCUCUGGAAAGUCCUUUUUUUUUUUUUUCCGUCUCUUUUUUAUAAAUUUCAACAAUAUCCCAAAUACUAGCUCAUACAGGAAGAAGAUAAGAAAGAGAGAGAAAAAUGGAUAGUAGUAGUAAUAGUAUAGAUAUGGAUAAGGAGAGGCUUACGGCGGAGAUGGCUUUCAAAGACUCUUCCUCCGCCGUCAUCAGAAUCCGUCAACGGCUGCCGGACUUCCUUCAGUCCGUCAAGCUCAAGUACGUCAAACUCGGCUACGGCUAUUCAUGCAAUCCCGCCACUAUUAUCAUGACCCUUGUCCUCCUUCCUCUCUUAUUCUCUAUACUAAUUCAGCUGACUGGUCUAGAGCUACACCGGGUUACUGAGCUCUGGACCAACCAAGCGGUUCGGCUCGAGAGCAUCGAUGCUGUCACUAGAUUCGCCGGUUUCUCCGUUCUCCUUUUCCUAUUCGGUCUGUACUGGGCUAAGCGGUCCAGACCGGUCUACCUCGUCGACUUUGCCUGCUACAAACCGGACGACGAGCGGAAAAUGUCGGUCGAGUCGUUCCUGAACAUGUCCGAAGAGAGCAGUUCGUUCACGGAGGAGACCCUCCAGUUCCAGAGGCGAAUCUCGACCCGGUCCGGUCUAGGUGACGAGACGUAUUUCCCGAGAGGAAUCACCUCCAGACCUCCUCGGCUCAGCCUGGCCGAGGCCCGGUUCGAGGCCGAGUCGGUGAUGUUCGGCGCGUUGGACGCUCUUUUCAAAAAAACCGGAGUUGAGCCGCGGGAAAUCGGGAUUCUCAUCGUCAACUGCAGCCUCUUCGUCCCGACGCCGUCGCUGGCCUCCAUGAUCGUCAACCACUACAAGCUCCGAACCGACAUUAAAAGCUUCAACCUCGGCGGAAUGGGAUGCAGCGCGGGACUAAUCUCCAUCGAUCUCGCUAAAGACCUCCUCCGAGCAAACCCAAACUCCUACGCCGUCGUCGUCAGCACCGAGAACAUCACCCAAAACUGGUACUUCGGCAACGACCGGUCGAUGCUCCUCUGCAACUGCAUAUUCCGCAUGGGCGGCGGCGCCGUCCUCCUCUCGAACCGGUCACGUGACCGUUCACGCUCCAAGUACGAGCUCGUACACACCGUACGGACGCACAAAGGCGCCGACGACAGAAACUACAACUGCGUCUUCCAAAGAGAAGACGACAAAGGAACUGUCGGCGUGUCGCUGGCGCGUGAGCUGAUGGCAGUGGCCGGCGACGCGCUGAAGACGAACAUAACCACCCUUGGCCCACUGGUGUUGCCGCUUUCGGAGCAGUUCCUGUUCUUCGUGACGCUGAUACGGCGGAAGUUGUUCAACAACUCGAAGGUGAAGCCGUACAUUCCGGACUUCAAGCUGGCGUUCGAGCAUUUUUGCAUCCACGCCGGCGGGAGGGCGGUGCUGGACGAGUUGCAGAAGAAUCUUCAACUCAGUGAGUGGCACAUGGAGCCCUCGAGGAUGACGCUCCACCGCUUCGGGAACACGUCGAGCAGUUCUCUCUGGUACGAGCUCGCCUACACGGAGGCGAAGGGUCGGGUCGGGAGAGGGGACCGGGUCUGGCAGAUUGCUUUCGGGUCGGGUUUCAAGUGCAACAGCGCCGUUUGGAAGGCGCUCAGGGAAGUUCCUGUCGGAGAGUUCCUCGGAAACCCGUGGAAUGACUGUAUUGAUCGGUACCCAGUUAAAGUGCCAACUGCCUAAUUUUUGGGGGGUUUGUACACGUGGCGGGGUGUUAUUUGUUGGCGGUGUCCACGAGGAAAAAGUGUUUUGUUGUUGGGACUUUCUCCGUUUUAUCAUACUCAAAUUUAAUAUAUAUAUAAUUAUAAAUAUUAGUUUUUUUUUUUAUUUUUUUAUUUUUUAUUAUUAGUUAUGGAAUGUAUGGAUGGAGAACGAUGUUAUCGUGUUGAAAGAGCAAUGGUAUACAUCGUUAUUCGUUUUUAACUGGGACAGAUAACUGUAGGAUUUUCUCUCAAUUUAUUGCAUUAUCUUCGGCUUUUGGAA